AUGGACGAGGAACAUACGAUAACACUCAAUCUGGGGUCUUCGCCCGAUCCUUUGAUCGAUCCGGCCCUAAGCCCGCCCAUGAUGCCGCCCUCAGCUAUCAAGGCGCGCAGUCCGGCGGCGAAGCGAUUGUAUACCCUCGAGUCCUCCCCGCGCAAACAGACCUUUGAGCUGGACGUUGGAAAUGAAAUGUCGCCACAGCGACUCCUCGUUACCGUCGAGGCCGACGAGCCGAAUCGCAACACAAACCGGCGCCUAUUCCAGUCGCCCACCCCGAAACGAGGCAAGACGCCGCAGAGAGUCAAGACGGUCACAACAUCAGUGCCUGUGCGUGGCUUGACUGACGAUGAGUCCACAACCCCGAAGCGAAGGGGGCGGCCGCGCAAGUCGGGGGGGACGCCAAUACCAUCACGGCGCAAAAGACCAGGGACGCCAGCGAAAGCGCCAAGGGGCGGGGCCGACCGACUGAAUUCACCGCAGAAGGGCGUCCUCACCUCCGACAUUGAGGAUAUGCAGCCGACUCCGCGGCCCACUACCCAGCCGAAGAGGGUCGCGAAGCGAAAAUCCACGUCGCCGACGAAAGAGGAUAGCGCGCCAGGGACACAAGCGAAGAAAAGAGGAAGGCCCAGGAAACGCCAAAUUACAUCGGAUGAUUUGGCGACGCAUUUGGGUCAGGAGCAAACGGACAACGCUGCCUCAGUCCCAACGCCAGUGCACACGAGGGGCGCGGCAGCAGAAAACCAAGGGCGCGAUGAUAUGGACGACGAUAUCUGGCUCGCGACUCUGUCCGACCAACCUACGCCGGCUGGUCAAACAAGACAGAAAGAUCAUGGCCCUGCCUUCACAAGCGACGCUUCGGAUAUACCCCAAUCCGAAUUGCAGCGACACGAACCAGAACAACAGCCGCAAUAUGAGUGGCCAGAACUGGGAGGCGGCAUGGAUUCGUACAGCGAAGCCGAAUCUCAGGCUAGCGAGGAUCGUGAUGGUCAAGACCGGCAAGACACAGUCAUGCCUGACGAGGAGUUUACCAUGAUUUCCCUCAGCACCCUGCCGUCGAUGCAGCCGAACUCCAGCGUGAUGGCACCCGAGCCCGAGGAGUUUGGAGAGGCUACAAGGUCCAUAAUCAACAGGAGUUUGGAAUAUUUGAGGCAGAGUUGGAACAGGGCGGCUGAGGAGCCUGCCGCUGAGCAUCCAGUUACCGAGACCGCCGAGGGAGAAGCAGGUGGCGAAGAACUGGCUGGGCGAAACUCCAACCAGCAACAUGAUGAACAUAUCUUGCCGCCGCCGCCACCUUCACAAUCUCCGCAGACGCUGCGUCGAAGUCCCCGCAGGGCGAAAGCGCAACCCCUUGCAAGACAGAUAGCCCAAAAGACCCUCCAGCAGGAAGCGCAUCAGUCGCCCGCACCGCACCAACCUGCCGUUGACCAGUCCGAGAACCGGGAUGCUAGCGCCUACGAUGAUUCUUUCUCCGAGAUUCCCGAGGACGUACUCAUAGCCGCAACUCCACGGCAGUUCCGCCAACCCAGGAGGGGAGCCGAAGCCGAACAGGAAUCGGACAAGCCCAGCCGAGAAGACAUUCAGCCGUCCAUUGAGCGGCCCUCAACAGUGAAUCACUCCAACCCCCAAUCUGAGACGAAUAGGCUGUUGACUCCUGAUGAGACACCAUCCCCAAUCCCAUCCGAAACCGAAGAGCACAACGCCCAGACCAAGUCUCCUUCUCCUGGGCCUGCUCUGGGUGCUGACAUGCCCUCCUCCCCGCCGAUCGGAAGCCCUGCUGCCCAAACCCGUUUCACCAGCUCCAUAGCACGCCAUCUCAGGGCCAACUCGACUGAGACUCCUGCCGAUCAGCUCUCCUCUUUCGCAUCGACGACAAUGGCGGCACGCGAUGCCCAGCCUGUACUCCUGCCGCUCCCCGAACCCCAACCCCGACCGAGCUUAUCCCCGAUCGUCCGCGCAGGCCGGGCUCUGCAGCUGGUCACCUCUGACCCACCGUCGCCCCCUGGUCGAGAUAGCAUGCUAGGGAGCCCAUUCCGGGGCUCGACAACCAAGUCCAGCCAGUCACCCGCGCCGGCUCUGGCGACGGAACAGCCCCCGUCUCGGGCCACUCGGUCGCCAUCGCUGCCACAGACCGGCGCCGCGGUUGACCAGCCUCAGUCGAACUUUGUUGUCCAGAGCGCGCAAUCGCUCUCGCCUGCGCGCAUCUCUGUUUCCGGCACAGAAGGUAUGGACGACCCGCGGGGUUCUGUACGCAGCACACUGUUCAGCGGCCCCGGCAAGCAGGCUUUUGACAGGGACCCUACUGUCAGUGUCGCGAGCCCGGCAGCAAGAAAUUCUCCCCAUGACGACGAUCCCAUGAGCUGGCAAGGUGAAGGUAGUGUUGCUGAGGGUUCGCAACGAUCUGCAUCCCCAAGUUUGAGCGUCCAUGAUGCCCGCGGUUCCACUGGCGUCGAGAGGGAGCCAACUGGACACCAGGAAGAACAAGCACAGAAUCCAGAGUCUUCGAUUGGCGCUAGGAUUUCACAAUGGUCCGCGAAUAUGGCGGAACACACAAGGGAAGAAGAGGAAAUGGAUGAGCGUCCCACGCCCCAUGCUCUCAAGACUGCGCCGCGCAGGCAAGAGGAACCUCCCGCGGAACUCCCUGCAAGGGGCAAGAUACCGAGCCCCUGGAGGAAAAACAGCCGCAGGUUGGUUUACAACGACGAAUUACAGAAAUACGCGGAGAAGGGCGCUCCUACUGAGUGGAACCCUUCGGUGAAUGAGGAUGAAGAGUAUAGCAUGCUCGCUCAGGGUCAGGAGCAAAGGCCACCAGUUCCAUCCCGCCAACCGCCGCAAAAGAAGGGGGAUUUCUCUUCGUUCUUCUCAUCGCCUGCUACGCUUCCGGAUAUGCAAGGGCCACCCGGCCUCGGCUCCUCCAAAACACUCGACUCGCGGAGGCCUGCAGUCAUGGAUCGUUCCACGCAACGACCGAGAAGCCUUCUCGCAGCACAGCAGCCGCCAACAUCCGGAAAUACCCUCUUCUCUCAUUACCUUCAGCCGUCUGCUCCGACGCGGGUGCCGUCUGUGCCGCAGAAGCAGCUUGAAAUCGGCGGCCGCCGGAGGAGUAUCGACCUAUUUUCUCCUAGAAAAAGUAGCCCUGAGCAUAGAGAUACAGGCAAAGCGCCGGCUCCUCCCCAACAGAAGCAGCUCAAACUCGACGAUCGCCAGAGAAAUGUCGGCGUGCUCUCUCCGGGACGAAGCAGCUCUGAGCCGAAGACAGCUGCUCAGACGUCCGCGCCGCCGCCGGCUCUACAUCCUGCGUCUCCGGAGAGUUCAGAAGCUCCGAGGGCAGCGAUCAUUCCUCAGAAGAAGAACUUCACACCACGCCGCCGGCAACCAGGUGAUACCAGCAGUCUCUUUCAACGAGAGCCUGCUGCACCGUCGAAUUCACUAUUUAGUAAUAACAAAGUCUCAGAGUUCUUCUCCCAAGCGCGCCAGCAAACUGUAUCCCAGUCUCGAGCGGAGGAGCAGAGGCAAGAGACGCCAGUCUCCGAGGAGGAGGAUUCGAGCUUCAUCCCGCCCGUGUUGAAACCUCUGCCAGACCGCGCCGCAUCCCCUAGCAAAUCAUGCAUACGCUCGCCCCUCAAACCCAAAACGCCCGGCCGGGUAGUAGAGUGGACAAGCAGCACCCUUUCACCGCUGGCACAGGCACAGGCUCGGGCCGAGCGGCAGGCAGCGGGGUUGCCGGCCAGAGGCCAGCCCUCGCAGGGUGUGGGGAGAAGCAGCAGCAGGAAUGCUGCGGUCUUGGAACAGCAACAGGAGGAGGUAGCUGAGGAGGAAAUGGCAGACGAGGAACCACCCUCCUCCCCACAAUCCCAGCGCCAGGACCAACAACAUCAUCAACAUCACGCCCCUCCUCCAACCAACGUCACCACCAGGUCUACAACCACCACCACCCACCACCCCACCACCCACUUGCACACACCGUUGUUAUCCCCCACAACCUGGACCCGCGCGCACUGGGAGCGUCUCGACGCCCUGCUGCAAGCCCGCAAGAAGGGGCCCCUACCACCCCCUUUCACUUCCUCUUCCUCUUCCACUUCCUUUGCCGCCCAACAACAGUUGAACCACCGGCGCCGGUUGCUGCUGGGCAAGCAGGUCGUGGCGCAGGGCGAGUCGAUGCUGCUUGAGGCGUGGCACCUGGACGUGGUGGACGCUUUCAAGGCCGAGGUCGAGGCCGAGGCCGCAGUUAGGGUUGGGGUUGGGGUCAGGGUUGCCUGGGACGAGACGGAGCUUGCCAAGAGAGUGUUUGCGUUGCUUGUUGGCGAGGAGAGGAGGCGGUUGGGUUUGGUCGGGCGGCGGCGGCGGUGGUGA